AGUUGUGUAUGUUGACUAAACAUUUUUUUUAGUGUCGUGUCAUUAAGUACCCGAAAAUAUGUAUAUAAAAUAAUCACUAGCUAACCGUUAUCAAUGAAAAGCAAUUAAAUCGGAAUGAUAAUAUUGAAUUUGCAAAAGUCGAUGAUGUCGUCUCGAUCUGUGUAGUCUGAAAGUAAUCUCCCUCAACUCAACCCACAAACCUCGGAUUGUUUGUUCUUCACUGUCGUAUGUUUCGCAUAAUGUCGUCUCAACACACAGAUUAAAACCCAACUAGCUAUCGAUUUGACCGCCACACAACGGAAUCUGAUCCAGUUUGGUUUGUAAAUUAACAUCUUGCUGGACCAUAUUGUUUCACAGGGUUACAAAUUCUCAAAGAAAUUUGAUGUGAAUGAGAUUAACACAAGUCAAAAACACCAUGAUGAAGUUUAAAGAAUUUAAAUUUCCUCACUUUGAAAAAAGAUGGGUGCUUCCAUUAGCAAUGGCUUCAAUCAUAUCCAUUUUCCUCUUCACAAUCUCUUUAAAUUUGGGUACUGAAAACAAACUCAACUCGUUUCGAAUCGGGUCAAAUAAGACCGGAUCUUUCGCUGAAGACAAGAUCCAGUUCCCACCACCUCCGCCCCGUCCAACUGUUCCUCGUUUCGCUUAUUUAGUUUCCGGGUCAAAAGGGGAUUUAAACAAGUUAUGGAGGACCGUGAGAGCGUUGUAUCAUCCAUGGAACUAUUAUGUUCUUCAUCUAGAUCUUGAAUCGCCACCCGAGGAGAGAAUGGAGCUUGCUUCACGGGUUGAAAAUGAUCCGGUUUUUUCUGCAGUUGGGAAUGUUUAUGUGAUCCCAAAAGCUAAUAUGGUUACAUAUAGAGGGCCGACAAUGGUGUCUAAUACGCUUCAUGCUUGUGCUAUUCUUUUAAGGAAGUUUAAGGAUUGGGAUUGGUUUAUAAACCUCAGUGCCUCGGAUUAUCCUCUCGUGACUCAGGAUGAUCUUCUUUAUGCGUUUCGUGAUUUGAAGAGGGAUUUGAAUUUUAUCGAGCAUUCGAGUCAAUUAGGGUGGAAAGAGAACAAAAGGGCAAUGCCAUUGAUGGUUGACCCGGGACUAUACCAAAACAAGAAGUCGGAUAUCUUUUGGGUUCAACCAAAGCGAGCUCUCCCGACAACGUUUAAAUUGUUUACAGGGUCAGCAUGGAUGAUCCUGUCACGUUCAUUUGUCGAAUACUGUAUAUGGGGUUGGGAUAAUCUUCCAAGAACUCUACUCAUGUACUACACAAAUUUCGUCUCAUCACCCGAAGGUUACUUUCAAACGGUUAUCUGCAACGCCCCGGAAUUCGUACCAACCGUUGUUAACCACGAUAUGCAUUAUAUAUCUUGGGACACCCCUCCAAAGCAACAUCCUCAUGUCCUAACCAUAAACGACACGGAUAAAAUGAUAGCAAGCGGGGCAGCAUUCGCACGCAAGUUCAAACAAGAUACUCUUGUUUUGGAUAGAAUCGACCGUGAGUUACUACACCGUAAGAAUGGUAGCUUCACCCCAGGCGGAUGGUGCAAGGGCAACCCGUCUUGCACCAAGGUUGGGAAACCGACACGGGUCAAACCCGGUCCAGGUGCUCAAAGGCUUCGCCAGCUUAUCGGGAAGUUGCUUCAAGCACCUAAGUUUAGUCAAAGUCAAUGCCAAUAGAUAUUAUGAAUUAGAAUUUACAAGUAUGAUUAUAUAGAAUUUUUGCUUGUAAUUUACAAGUGAGAUGCUUUUGUUGUAUCUUAAAUUUGUGUUAUUUCAUGACUUAUACAUCAUGCAACAAGAGAUGUACAUUGUUCCG